AUGGUCAAACACAUCACAGGGCAGAGUGCCUUCUUCUCGUUUUAUGGAUAUGGCUGCUUCUGUGGGCUUGGCGGGAGAGGGACCCCUGUGGAUGACACUGACAGGUGCUGCCUGGCCCACGACGGCUGCUAUGAGAAGCUGAAGCAGCUAGGCUGCCAGACGGUGCUGAACAGCUAUCAGUUCCACGUUGUCAACGGGACUGUGGUCUGUGAAUGUUCCCCUGGUCUGGGGGUUGGCUGCCUCUGUGGGCUAAGGGCCUGCGAGUGUGACAAGCAGUCUGUGUACUGGUUCAAAGACAGCUUGCCCACCUAUGAGAAAAACUUCAAGCAGUUUUCCAGUCGGCCCCCGUUGUGGCAGGCGUAAACUGCAG